AUGGUCUCUCUCCGAUCCUUGGCCCUCAUCCUUGCCAUUUACGGGCUCGGAACGCAGGCAGCACCAGCCCAGGAAGAACAGGCAGUUGAGCAUCAUGAUGGAAAAGUCUCUAUCUUAGACUUAGCUCGCAAUGGCAAAGUCACGGAUAGUGGCACUGUCAAUGUGACAUACAAGCACGAAUUGCCUGAACCGAACCGGGAUGACACCUUUGAGGUCGACGGUAUCACCUUCUACAGUUUCCCAGGAGGAGCCGACGUCCAUCCUGAGUUCUGGGAAGAACGUGGCAUCUCUUUCCCCGAUACAGUCAAGUAA